AGACGCGCCGCUUGAGGCGGAACUGUCAUGGCUGCGCCCGUGUGUAGUCACGGGGUUCUGUUCUAAGGACAGCCCAUGGCAUGUGCCCUUUUUCAGAAAGAAGUUAACUUGUGUUGCACUUUGGGUAUUUGAAAGUGCGUUUGCAGAUAUCAAAAUGAAUAACAGAGCACAUACCUUCUUAUGGGGCAUCAGACAAUUCAGGACUUCAAUUCCAAGAAGCAGAGCUUUGAGGACAUAUUCUUUGGUAUUUUGCAAACCAGAAGUAAUUCAUUCAAAACGGAACCCAAGGAACCAUCUGCUAAAUGGUUUUGAUGAGGGAUUGCAGCCAUCUGUUAGAUACCUCUUUCAGGAUAUAUUUAUUUCAAAAUCAGUAGCUGGCUGUACUCAAACUAGAGGCAUAAUCCAUGCAGCUGGUUUUAAACUUGAUAGAAUACUUUGUCCUAGAAGACUGUCCUUUGACGCAAAACAUUCUUUUGUCUCUGAUGGGACAUCUGAUCAUGAUUUAAUGAAAACAAACUUUCAUCAUACCUCCACUGAAGAUGUGCUCACCAAGAAAAUGAGACCAACUCCUGUGAAUUAUAAAAAGCUGGCCCAGGAGUGCAACUCUCUGAGCGAUGUGCUGGACACAUUUUCAAAAGCGCCUACAUUUCCUGGUAGUAACUAUUUCUUAGCCAUGUGGAUAAUUGCCAAAAGGAUUUCAGAAGACAAGAGGCGCUUUGAGAAACAACUGAUGUUCAGUCACCCCGCCUUUAACCAGCUGUGUGAGCAAAUGAUGAGAGAAGCCAAGAUUAUGCGCUAUGACCACCUUUUGUUCAGUCUUAAUGCUAUCGUGAAGCUUGGAGUUCCUCAGAAUUCUCUUAUGGUACAGACUUUGCUGAGGACAAUUCAGGAGCGCAUCAGUGAGUGUGAUGAGAGAUGUCUUUCAAUUUUGUCGACUGCUUUAGUGACCAUGGAGCCGUGCAUGAAUGUGAACGCGCUUCGAGCAGGGUUGCGAAUCCUAGUUGAUCAGCAAGUUUGGAACAUAAAUGAUAUCUUCACUUUACAAACGGUGAUGAGAUGUAUUGGGAAAGAUGCACCAUUUGCUCUUAAGAAGAAAUUGGAGAUGAAAGCCUUGAAGGAAUUAGGCAGAUUUUCUGUCUUGAAUAGCCGGCAUAUGUUUGAAGUCUUAGCUGCCAUGGAUCACCGCUCUGUCGUCCUUCUGAAUGAGUGCAGUAAGAUUGUCAUAGAUAAUAUCCAUGGGUGUCCUUUUAAAGUAUUAAUCAGCAUACUGCAGUCCUGUAGAGACCUCCGAUACCAAAAUGAAGAUCUUUUCAAAAGCAUCGCAGAUUAUGUGGCUACAACCUUUGACAUCUGGAAGUUGAAACACGUUAUCUUUUUCCUCUUGUCAUUUGAAACUCUUGGUUUUCGACCUCCUGGUUUGAUGGACAAGCUUCUGGAGAAAGUAGUCCAGGAGCCUGGCUCUCUGACCGUGAAGAACAUUGUUUCUGUCCUUCAUGUGUAUUCUUCUCUCAAUCAUGUCCACAAUGUCCAGAACAGAGAGUUCCUAGAAGCUCUGGCAAGUGCGCUGACUGGCUGUCUUCACCAGAUCUCUUCUGAAAGCCUGUUGAAUGCUGUGCAUUCGUUUUGCAUGAUGAAUUAUUUCCCCCUGGCCCCUAUUAACCAGCUUAUCAAAGAGAACAUCAUCCACGAACUGCUGACUUCAGGUGACACAGAGAAGAAUAUUCAUAAGCUUCAUGUUUUGAAUACUUGUCUGAAACUUGAUGAAAGUACUUACAAAUGUAUACAUAUACCGUUGCCACAGCUGCCACUGACAGCCUCACAUCCAAACGAGAAGCUUGCAGAGGUGCUCAGCAGGCUUUUGGAAGGGGAUGGAUGCUUCUCGAGAAAUGUGCAGUUGCCACAUAAUUAUCACAUUGAUUUUGAAAUCAGAAUGGAUACUAACAGGACCCAAGUAUUUUCAUUUUCUGAGGGAGAUGCAAGUUCUGCCACAAACAUGCAGAGAGUGGCCGUGCUGUGUGUUCCUAAGUCUGCUUACUGUUUAAAUUCAAACCACCUCAGAGGAUUGAUGGCCAUGAAAAUUCGACAUUUGAAUGUAAUGGGCUUCCAUGUCAUCUUGAUCCAUAACUGGGAGCUGAAGAAACUAAAGAUGGAGGAUGCGGUCACAUUUGUGAGGAAGAAGAUCUAUUCAGAUGAAGCACUUGCCACUACUGACGAAAGCGUGUAAAGCUCGUAUUAAAUCAGACACUUGUCCGAACAUGCACAGUUGUGAAAUGACUUUAAUAAAGUCUGUGAUUCAGUCAUC